AGUGAUGAUUUUGGUCAGAUUAAUGCUGAAGCAGUCGUUCCUAGUGAUGGUCUCGAAGGUUGGAGUUGCAAUAAAAAAUAUAUUGAACGAGUAUCAUCUGGUUACAUGUGCAUGGUAUGCCGAAAAAUAUAUGGUCGCUAUAAUUCAGUAUCAUACCAUAUAACAAUUUACCACCGAAAUCGACCAAUUCAUUGUGAUAAAGAUGGCUGCCAGUUUAGCACUCGUUCUCGAAAAUGCUCCUUUUGUAAGCAUAUCUCGAAAAGUCCUGCAAUGUUAGAAAAGCAUUUGAGUCGUCACAUGCAAGAAUGUAGUAGAACCAGCUCAGAGAAACAAUUAUUGGACAUAGAAAACUUAUUUACGUCUAACCUGUGCUCAUAUACUUGCGCGGAUACUAUUAAUCUUUCUAUCCACUAUAGAAAAGUGCAUUGCAAAUUACAGCAGUUAUAUCUUUAA